AUGAAUGUCAAUCGAGCGAAUAUGCAAACAGGAGUGCUUACAUGUGCCGAGUCUCUUCAACGCGCUCCAUCUCCGAUUCUUUUUCCUGAAAACGUGCCCGGGGCGGCAAAACAUAACACGGAACACGAUGGAAUGUUGCCAAGUAAGCAAAAGUCUUUUCGUACCGAUCUGUCACCGGACGAUGUCAAACUUGUCAACGGGGGUCCUUAUGUUUUCAAAGGAAUGAGGACCACAGGAGAUGGAGGGACACUUAGGCCACAGUAG